AUGGUUUGUUGGGAUGCGACAUGGGGUAUAAUCACGGGCAGCGAAGAUGUGUGGAGCAAAGAUUUAAGAUUGUUAAAACCUCUUAUUGCAAAAAAUGGCCACUUAAGAUAUUUCGAUAUAGAGAAUAAAGUUUGCAUGCACUACGAGGUACUUACUACAAUUUUAUAUGGGUCGACUGCAAGGGGCAGCGGCACACGAGCAUCGACACAACCCACAAUGGAGGAAAGUGGCAGGGGACGCAGAACAUACGCACCACUCACAAGCAAUGACAUGUUCUCUGAUGAGCACAUUCAUCUGAUGGGCACCCCUAACAGUAAUCGGUGCACUUGUCGGUGUAAAGGAACAUUCUCUACCUUCGACGCGAUGAUGAAUACUAUCACUGAAAUGAAUCGAAUAAUCCAACAAAGUGUAACGUAG